AUGGCCCGCCUGCGGCACCUGCGCCACUGGACCAUCCAUCGCGCCUGGCAGCUCUUCCGCCGCCAGCAGCACCUGGCCCUGGCCAAGGAGAGGCAGAGAAUGCACGCCGGCAUGUUCAACGCCUGCGAGGAGCUGCGGAGGACGGCGGGGCCCCAGGGCCGCCAAGAGGGCUACCUGUACCGUGUGGCCAUGGAGAAGAAGGGCGUCUGGGGCACCGACGCCAUCCCCAUCGAGUACGCGCGGUUCCAGACCGACAGCCCUGCUAGGAAGCCGUGGAACCACGAGUGGAAGCGGUAG